AACAACAGAGAAUAAUCAGGACAACUCUUACUAUCAUUGGAAGCCCUAGGUCCCUAGCUAUUGCUCAAAAUUUCAUCUCAUCUAUUUCAAACGAAGGCACAAGAAGACCUAGGCGACAGGCGGGGCAUGAGCCAUGAGUUUGGCAAAUGAGAGCAUGAAGAAGGGUGGGGCGACAGGCGGGGCGACUCCGGGAUCUUCUCCGGGGAUUGCCGGCGUUGCCCUUUCCAGCGGGAGGAGGCGGGUGGGCGGCCGGUUCUGGGCGCUAGCCGAUGAAGGCGCCGGGGACUCGGACGACGACGACGGCGACCUGCUUGUCGGGCCGUCGGGCGUUCCGUCUCCUUCUCCUUCCGACGUCAUUUGCGAGGCCUUUCGGCUUGGGUACCCGGAGGACGAGGUGGCUCUGCUCGUAUAUCGGGCUAUCCCCUCCGAUGAUCCGGCGAGGAUGGGACUACGGGCGGAGGACAAGAUCGAGAUCGUCAGGCGGGUAGUUCACCGGCGUACGGCGACGACGGCGAUCCGACCUUGGAAGGGUCCUCUACCUAAGGUUAUUUUCCGAGCCACGGCCAUGAUCCGUUCAUGGUCGCUACUCACUCCGAUGGUGGCCAGGGAGCAUUUGGUUACUGGAUCUAUCCGCUGGGAGAUGGUAGCUCGGGAUAUCUUCAACCGGUUUGGAUGGCGGUCAUGUAAUAGGAUAGGCAAUUAGUUUACCUAUCUAUAUUUAGCCAGCCGGUUGUGGCGUCUUAUCUUGGCUAGUCUGUGUGUCCAGCCUCUUUUGCUCUGUGUGAGCUGUCUUUUUAUUACUUUUCAGUCGGAGACUAUGGAACCUUGUUGGAACCUUUUCUUUUGUUAAUAAGAUGGCCGUAUGCAUCACUCUGAU